AUGUCUGACUUCGAAGAAAAUCCCGACGAAUUCACAGUUGAAAAAGUUCUUCGAGUUCGAAUCCGCAAUGGAAAGAAAGAGUAUUUUCUUAAAUGGAAGGGAUAUCCUGACUCUGAGAACACUUGGGAGCCUGAGGAGAAUCUUGACUGCCCAGACCUGAUCAAACAGUUUGAGGACAAUGCCAAGAAGCUUGCCAAACCACGUCCCGCUGGAAGACCGUCGAGCAUUGCUUCCAGUGACAAUGGUAGUGUCAGAGAUGCGGAGAUCCCGAAACACGAUUCCUUGCCACCCUCAGAACAGGACUCUUCCAAAACUGGCGACACAGCUCCGAAGAAGCGUGGCAGAAAACGACGGAAUCCCACUUCACAGGAGUCAGAUGCGAACAAAACUGGUGAUGAGCACGAGGAGGAGGAGGAGGAGGGUGAGGAUGAAGAGGAGGGAGAAGGGAGUUCUCCGGCUAAGCGUCAAGUACUGUCAGAACUACCCUCGGUAGGCGGGAAGGUUCGUGGUUUUGAACGCAAUCUCAAGGUGGAACGCAUUAUUGGUGCUACAGAGUCCUCGGGGGAGCUUAUGUUUCUCAUUAAAUGGCAAGGGAUCGAUAUUGCAGAUCUUGUUCCGGCCAAGGAGGCCAAUGUCAAGUGUCCUCAGGCGGUUAUCAAGUUCUACGAAGAGCGGUUAACCUGGCACACUCCGGAUUCCCAAUCAUCUCCAGCCAGAACGUAG